AUGCAACCUCCACACCCACGCUUUCACAUCUUCUUAACCCGAAAGGUGGGGAGAGGGAUGGUUCCUUUUUUUGAGGGUACUCCCGGGAACAGAUCCAGUGGAGAUGGGGUGGGGCUUGUAGCUCAGAGGAUUAGAGCACGUGGCUACAAACCACGGUGUCCUGUUGCUUUUACAGAGCUUCCUUCUUGUAUCAUCAAACCACCACCUAUGGCUGACCGGAGAUUACUAGCGAUUUCGACUUCCUGCAGGCGAGUUGCAGCCUGCAAUCUGAACUGA